CAUCAUCCUCCUCCUCCAUCCUCCUCCUCCUCCUGCAGACCGUUAGCGGACAGACGGACGGGCUCCUCCGGUUGCAGUGAUGUCGGUGUCGCCCGGCCUCGCCGACCUCUCCCGGCUUUACCAGACCGAGUUUGUUCGCAGUGCUCGAGCUGUUGGCGUGCUCUGGGCCGUCUGCACACUCUGUUUUGCCAUCAUCCAGGUGGUCAUCCUGGUGCAGCCGUCCUGGAUUGGCACUUCAGACGUCCAGCCUCCGCUGCCCAGCGGCACCCUGGGACUGUUCGAGGUGUGUUUGGAGUCUGACUGGCCGGUCCCGGACUGCCGUGGUGGUCUGUCCAGUCUGACUCCGCUGCCGUCGUUCCAGUCGGUUGCAGUGUUGGUGGGCGUGUCUCUGUGGGCGGUGUGGACCAGCGUCCUCUGUCUCUGUCUCUUCAGGUUCUGCAGCGCCGCAACUGUGUAUAAGAUCUGUGCCUGGCUGCAGCUGACUGCAGGGUUCUGCCUGGCGCUGGCCUGCCUCCUGUUUCCAGACUCGUGGGAGAGUCCAGAGAUGAAAACUCUGUGUGGCGACUCGGUGGGCAGUUUCUCUCCAGGUCACUGUUCGGUGCACUGGGCCUACAUCCUGGCCAUCCUAGGAGUUCUCGAUUAUGCCAUUUUGGCCACGCUGGCCUUCGUCCUGGCCAACAGACAGGACGCCCUGCUGCCGCCGGACUCCCAGGACGUGACCACAGGUCUGCUGAUGACCACAUGAAGCUCCCGGGAUGUUCGGCUUCCCUUCUUCACCUCCUACUCAUCAUCACCACCACAGCAAGAGGAAGAAGUGUCCUAAUGAUUGAACUCUUGAAGACAUUUUAAAGUUAAAGGAUCUUAGAUUCCUAAUUGUCUCUUUUCAUUGAAGCCAUUGUUCAGUGUUUACAUGAGAAGUUAUUCAGCAUCACAUGGAGGAAUGUAGGAUUAAAUUUCACAGUCAGAUGUUUAGUGUGUUUCUCAUAAUAAAAUGAGUUCAGUUUCUCGAAUGUGAGAAAUCCAAGACCCUGAACUGAAAUAAGAAA